AUGGCCAAAAGUCAAGAGCCGAGUAGCUCGACUGAGCCGUUUAUCACAGAUGUUUCUGACGAAGAAUUACCCAAAUCCAGCCCUGAGAUUAACGAGUCGCAUAUCUUGCAAGGGCGCCAGAUCGGCGUGUUUGGCGCUGUUUCGCUGAUUGUCAACAAAAUCGUCGGAGCUGGAAUAUUUUCCACGCCUUCUUCUAUCUUCCGACUGAGCGGUAGCCCAGGGAUGUCCCUCAUCCUUUGGGUUGUCGCAGGUGCAAUCUCAACAUGCGGGGCAAUGGUCAUGCUGGAAUUCGGCACUAUCAUCCCUAGAUCGGGGGGCAUGAAGGUCUACCUGGAGCGAUCGUUCUCGCCGAAGUUAUUGGUGACAUGCACCUAUCUGUUUUACUGUGUCUUUCUUCAGGUAUCCUCAGGUAACGCUAUAACCUGCGCAUCAUAUCUUCUCAAAGCUGCUGGCGCUGAAUCGACAACGUGGAAGCUUCGAGGUCUAGCAGUUGCUGCUGUUUCCUUUGCAGUGGGUAUUCAUAUCGUUGCCCCUCGGGUUGGUCGAGGCUUGCAAGAUAUGAUGAGUGCAGUGAAGCUUUUCAUUCUUUUCUUCAUUGUUUGCACUGGCUUUGCAGCGCUUGGGGGACAUCUUAAUGUCCCAAACCCGCAUAAUUUUGAUCUCGCUACUUCUUUCGAGGGAACAUCGAAGAACGGCUUUAAUAUUGGGAUGGCAUUGUUAGAUGCGAUCUUUUCGUUUCAAGGAUAUGAUAAUAUGAACAUGGUUCUUUCCGAAGUCAAGAAUCCUCAAAGAACUCUUCGCAUUGCUGUACCCACUGCCAUGGGUAGUAUUACAGUCCUCUAUGUUCUAGCAAACGUCGCUUAUUUCGCAGGUGUAUCAAGAGAAGAAUUCAGAGAUUCCGACCUCACAAUUGCAGCAUCUCUUUUCAGCAAUGUCUUCGGCGAGACAGCUGGCGCAAAAGCUCUCCCGGUAUUAGUUGCGAUCUCCGCCGUAGGUCAUCUUCUAGGAGUUGCGUUCACUGUUCCACGAGUGAUUCAAGAGCUAGCCAAAGAUGGCAUUGUGCCUUUCCCAGAUAUUAUCAUGCAAAAUCGACCCUUCCGAACACCCAUCUGGGCUUUAUUCAUCCAUUUAGGGAUGACUGUUCUUUUCAUAUGUGCGCCUCCGGCAGGGGAUGCCUUUGAAUUUGUUGUUAGUCUCAAUUCAUAUCCGACGGUUUUGCUUCUCACGGCUGUCACCGUUGGAUUGAUCAAAUUACGGAUGUCAAAAGAUGAAGAUUCGCAAUCUGCGUUUACCGUGCCAUGGGCUAUUCUUGCUUUUUAUAUGGCUGGGAAUAUUCUCCUCCUUGUUAUGCCUUUUGUCCCACCACCAAAUGGCAAGGGUAGUACCAGUCUCCCGUAUUGGCUAUCUACGGUUGUUUCCCUGGCCAUUCUCGCGCUGGGGAUAAUCUAUUAUGUUGGUCGCUUUGUUUUGCUGCCCUGGAUAUUCGGAUAUAAGCUUAAAUUGGUUACUGUUGACCUCAGCGACGGAUCUCAAGUAUCACGGCAUCAGAUAAGCAGGACCUGGGUGGCUUGUACGGUCGAGAAUUAA